UUAUGUUAUGACAGCGGACUGGCCCAGUAGGAUACACCGGAUCUUCCCGCCGAAACACAUCCAAUAAGAAGAAAAGGAAAUUAAAACAUAACAAAAGCUUUAUCAAAAAAAAAAAAAAAAAAGCUGCAGAGGAAAGGAGAUGGAUUCGAAGAAAGCAGGGGCGUCGUUGGACUCAUUGAUCUCAGCCUUCAAUGCUCGAAUUGCAGAGCUUCAAGAGCUCGUAAUUGCAAGAAACAUGUACCCCGCCAGCACCGUCACCGAUUUGACAGCAGUCGACGCUGCAUUGAAGGCCAUGGAGUUUCAGGUGCAGAACAUUAAGGACCGGGUGCGCGACGAAACCCUAGCUAUACCUAAAGCUAAAAAAUUGAUCGAUGCCUCGCUGAAACAGCAGAAGAAAUUGCAGAGCAUGUCUGGUUUUGUUCCCUCACAUUCACAUAUUCCCGAAAGAACGUCAAUGAUGAAUCUAGACAGUAAUAUACGUUCGCAGUCAGAAUCCUCCAAACUGGAUGCUUGUUUUGGUUCCUUGAAGCUUGAGGAAGAGCCUGCAGCACCAACUAAGGUAACAAACGAGAAAAAGGGUCGUUCCCCUCCACCAUUGUGGUUUAUAAUAGAAGAUGAGCUCGAUUCCUUAUCCUCAUAUAUGAAAGGAAGGCUUACUCUUGAUAAGGUCAAUGCAGCAAUUAAUGACAUGGCAUCAUAUGCCGAAGCCAAUGCUCAAAUUAUAGCUGCUCCGAAGAAGAAGUUGCCAGAGAAUCUUUGGGAAAAAGCCUUGGAACUGAGAGAUAUUGCAACUACAGAAGCAGUAAAGGGAAAACACUUCUUUCUUGAAAGUGACAUAAAAGGACCAGCACUGAAGCUUGACAACACUGGAAAAGCUAUUCUAACUGUCCUUCGCCAUCUUGGUCGUAUAAGUGAGACGCGUAUUGGACAUCACCGUGUGAUGAUUCUCUUGAAGCCCCACUGAUUGUUAUCAAUUUGAACUUGAAAUAUAUAUAUAUAUAUAUAUAUAUAUAUAUUUGAAGGCUUUGUUCGGCAUGAUUGUUUAUGGCAUAUUAGGCAAGCAGUCGAAGAGAAGCGAAACUGGUGGCGAAAAAUUUAUUUGGAAGUUUCCCGUGAUGAAAUCUCACGAUUCUCACCCAUGUGAACUGAGUGUAUCAAACGAUGACUUUACGUGCAUGCAUGGUCCACCAGCAAAUGAAACUGCCAAACUUAAACCCUUUGUGUAAAUCAAAGAUAAAACUGACAAAUUUUUUUUGCGAGUGGAGUACCAUGAUUUGUGAGUAUCCAUUGAAAAAUGUACUUUGAUAAAAGCACCAUCAACUCGUAUCAGUAUUUGGAGAAAUGUAACCAUCAAUUCUAUUAUGACUCGCUACUGUCGAUAUACAUAUAUUACAGAACUUGUAUUAUAGAAUCUGCACAGUAAAUCUAAAAUGGCUGUGAUCUAGUUAAUGGAAUGGUGAAAUUGCAACUAUAAGUUACGCUUGCGUGUUA